CACGGGAGCCUUUCAGUUGGUGCAAGAUGUCAAAGCAAGGUGGCCCUGUGUCCUUUGAGGAGGUGGCUGUGUAUUUCACAGAGGAGGAGUGGGCUCUGCUGGAUCCUGUCCAAAGAGGUCUUUACAGGGAAGUCAUGUUGGAGACCUAUGGCAGGGGAUCUUGGACCUGCAAACCUGACCUUAUCUCCUGGCUGGAAGAAAUGGAUGACAUAUUUGUCCAGGAUUCUGAAGACAAGAAGAGCUUGACAGGAGACGAGGGGGAAUCGUGUCUGAUGGAUGUGGGAGGAGACAAGGAUCUGGAGGUGAAAAAAGAAGCUGGGAAUCAAGAAAUCCCAAAGAGCCAGCAGAGAAGGAACAGAGAAGCAAACCAGAAGCAGAGGAAGGAAUCGUUGUACUUUUUGGAAGGUGACUUCCAUGAAAUUCUGUUUGAAGACAAAGUAGAGGAAGGGGACGAAGGGAGCUGUCACACUCUGAGUGAGAAAAGGGCUGGCUGCAAAUCUAGCCUUAAUAGACAAGAGAGAACUCAAACAUGGGAGAAACGAUAUAAAUGUCUGGAGUGUGGAAAGAGCUUCAAUCGGAGUGACCACCUGACUUCACAUCAAAGGGUUCACACAGGGGAGAAACCAUAUAAAUGCUUGGAGUGUGGGAAGAGCUUCACUCAGAGCAGAAGCCUGACUUCUCACCAACGCAUUCACACAGGAGAGAAACCAUAUAAAUGCUUGCAGUGCGGGAAGAGCUUCAGUGAGAGUGGGAACCUUAAUUCACAUCACAUGAUUCACAGCGGGGAGAAACCAUAUAAAUGCUUGCAGUGUGGAAAAAGCUUCCAUCAUAGUUCAAAACUUACUGCGCAUCAAAUGAUUCACAAUGGAGAGAAACCAUAUACCUGUUUGUAUUGUGGCAAAAACUUCAGUCAGAGUUCAAACCUUGCUUCCCACCAAAGGAUUCACACAGGGGAGGAACCAUAUAAAUGUCUGCAGUGUGGAAAGAGCUUCAGAUGGCGGGACAACCUAAAUUCACAUCAAAGAAUUCACACAGGGGAGAAACCAUAUAAAUGUCUGGAAUGUGGAAAGGGCUUCAGACGGAGUGCCAACCUUACUUCUCACCAAAUGAUUCACACUGGAGAGAAACCAUAUAAAUGUCUGGAAUGUGGAAAAAGCUUCAGAAGAACUGCAGAACUUACUUUUCACCAGAGGAUUCACACAAGUGAGAAACCCUAUAAAUGUCUUGAAUGUGGAAAGAAUUUCAGCUCGGGUACAGAACUUACUUCUCACCAGAGGAUUCAUACAGGGGAAAAGCCAUAUAAAUGCUUGGAAUGUGGAAAGAACUUCAGUAGGAAUGACAAUCUAAGUUCACAUCAAAGGAUUCACACAGGCGAGAAACCAUAUCAGUGCUUGGAAUGUGGAAAGAGGUUCUGUUGGAGUGCUGAUCUUACUUUUCACCAGAGGAUUCACACUGGGGAAAAGCCAUAUAAAUGCUUGGAGUGUGGAAAGAGCUUUAGUCGGAGUGGCAGGCUAACUUUACAUCAAAGAAUUCAUAAAAAGGAGAAAACAAACAAAUGUCUGGAGUGUGGAAAGAACUUCAGAAACAGCAAAAGCCUUACUUCCCACCAAAAGAUUCACACUGGAGAGGAACCAUGCCAAUUACAGUUGUUGAAAGAAGUUCAUUUAAUUCCUCUUUACCCAAUUUCUCCCUGAAACAAAUAAAUCUGAAUCU